AUGAAGUUCACGGAAGGCACCCUAAUAAUUGGAGGAGACCUGAACCUGGCACUACACCCAGACCAAGAUUCCUCAUCCUCACAACAGAUACUCGAACACACUGCGCCUCCUUCACCGCCACCCAUUAGCGGACUGCUGGCGGGCGCUGCACCCAACGGCUCGCAAUUACACCUUCUACUCAAUGACCCACUCAACAUACACAAGGCUCGACUACUUCCUCACACCACAUCAAAGCCUGACGGUGCUCACCACCGCAGAGAUUCUACCAAUGACCUGGUCAGACCAUUGCCCGAUCCGCAUACGGAUGAAGUCACCGCUGUUCAUACCCAGACAAAUGUCGUGGCGGCUGAACGAAUCGCUUUUAUCUGA